AUGAUAAUAUUAUUGUAUCAAACACUUUGGCUUGAGAGAAUGCUUUCCAGCCUUUUGUUGAGCCAACUUCUCAUUCUCCUUGUAGGCCUUGACACGCUCUUUGUAUCCUUCGGGGUCCAGCUUUUGCAUGAGCAGAUCCUCCAUGACAAAGAUGGUCUCGGGACUCUUGACAAACACCUUGGUCUUGCCCUCCUCAAACUCGUCGGCGGGGAUGUCCUUGGUGGCGCGCAUCAACUGGUCGACAAACUCGGGGAUCGUGCGGGGUGGCGCGUCAAACAUCUUGCCAAAGCGAUCCAAGAACACGUUCUUGUAGUGGCGGUAGGCAUAGCCGGCACGCUUCACCUUGAUGUUCUC